UUGUUCUAUCUGUGCCACCACCGUAAUUCUGAGUCGUAGGCUAUGAAACAGGAAACGCACUGGAAAUUGUACAGUGUUUGUAUAAUAUAAAUCGUUUUGCAUUGCUCGGACAGCAAUAACGAACGAAUGCGGACAGACAGGUGAGACUGAGUGCAGCGAUGAUUCACGAAGGAAAUAUCCUGACUACUUAUAUCCUCUUCAUCUGAUGUUGAUGCUAUUAACGUCACUGGCGUGAUUUUCAAACUGGGGAAGCAGCAGUUAAUGCUUCACUUUGUUUAAUAUUCAGGCAGAGACAGAAUGAUAGAAGAACGCAGUAAACGAGGCACGGCCAUGGUGGAGAGGAGACAACUCUUCAUGGAGAUGAGGGGACAAAACUUUGACGUCAUCAGACUGUCAACCUAUAGGACGGCCUGCAAGCUAAGAUUCGUGCAGAAAAGAUGCAACCUGCACCUGGUGGAUGUGUGGAACAUGAUCGAGGCGUUCCGUGACAGCGGUUUGAACACACUGGACCACAACGCAGAGAUUAACGUGUCUAGACUGGAGACCAUCUUGUCCUCCAUCUACUACCAGCUCAACAAGCGUCUUCCCACCGUGCACCAGAUCAACGUAGAGCAGUCCAUCAGUCUGCUCCUCAACUUCAUGGUGGCUACAUAUGACAGUGAAGGCCACGGGAAGCUGAGCAUUUUCUCGAUGAAGGCAAUGUUGGCGACUAUGUGUGGAGGGAAAAUAGUGGACAAACUACGUUGUAUCUUCUCCCAGAUCUCUGACUCUAAUGGUGUGAUGGCCUUUGCUAAGUUUGACCAGUUUCUUCGUGAAGUUCUGAAGCUACCCACAGCUGUGUUCGAGGGCCCGUCGUUUGGAUACACAGAACACGCCGUACGGACAUGCUUCCCUCAGCAGAAGAAGAUCUUGCUGAACACGUUUUUGGACAUUUUGAUGGCAGAUCCUCCCCCCCAGUGUCUCGUGUGGCUACCUCUCAUGCACCGACUUGCUAAUGUUGAAAAUGCCUUCCAUCCCGUGGAAUGUUCUUAUUGCCGGAGUGAAAGUAUGAUGGGGUUCCGUUACCGGUGCCAACAGUGCCAUGGCUACCAACUCUGUCAAAGCUGCUUUUGGCGUGGCCAUGCCAAUGGUCCCCAUAGCAACCAGCAUCAGAUGAAGGAGCACUCCUCUUGGAAGUCUCCAGCUAAAAAGCUAAGUCACGCCAUCAGUAAGUCUCUGGGCUGCGUCCCCAUUGGAGAGCUACCUCAUCCAGUGUUCCCUGAGCAGUUAGAGAAACCCCAGGACAGCGUGCCACACACUGUUCAGCCGAAGCCAGUAGCCAACAACAUGAACAACACAAUGUUCAUGUCCUCUGGUGUACCUACUCCUACUCAAAGUGUCUUAGAGAGUCCCAGCAGGCUAGAAGAGGAGCAUCGUCUCAUUGCUCGCUAUGCAGCGCGCCUUGCAGCAGAGGCAGGCAACUCCACACAAUGUCCUCCAACCGAUCUGAGUUUCAACUUCGAUACCAACAAACAACAGAGGCAGCUAAUAGCAGAACUAGAAAACAAAAACAGAGAGAUCCUCCAGGAGAUCCAGAGGUUACGUCUGGAACAUGAGCAGGCCUCCCAGCCCACCCCAGAGAAGGCCCAGCAAAACCCCACACUGCUGGCUGAACUCAGGCUCCUUAGGCACAGGAAGGAUGAGCUGGAGAGGCGCAUGUCAGCCCUACAGGAGAGCAGACGGGAACUGAUGGUCCAGCUAGAGGGUCUGAUGAGGUUACUGAAGGCCCAGACAGGAGGCUCAACCCAGUCCUCCCCCAGCCACGGGGCAGUCUGCUCCAUGCCCAUGCCGAUCCGCUCCACCUCAGCUGGGUCCACCCCCACCCACACACCCCAGGACUGCCUGGCCGGGUUGGGGGGCGACGUGCUGGAGGCCUUCGCUCAGGGUGUACCUAGAAAUCUUCGUAAUGAUCUGUUGGUCGCUGCAGAUUCAAUCACAAACACCAUGUCAUCACUUGUCAAAGAACUCCACUCAGUAGAUGAUGCUGCAGAGGAAGAGGACAACCAGAUGAGGAAUGGAGGCCUAAGGGACAGGCGUGAGGAGGACAACCAGAUGAGGAACGGAGGCCUAAGGGACAGGCGUGAGGAGGACAACCAGAUGAGGAACGGAGGCCUAAGGGACAGGCGUGAGGAGGACAACCAGAUGAGGAACGGAGGCCUAAGGGACAGGCGUGAGGAGGACAACCAGAUGAGGAACGGAGGCCUAAGGGACAGGCGUGAGGAGGACAACCAGAUGAUGAACGGAGGCCCAAGGGACAGGGCAGAGGAUGAGGACAACCAGGUGAGGAACGGAGGCCCAAGGGACAGGGCAGAGGAUGAGGACAACCAGGCACAGUGAGAGAUCUAAAACAUAAUUGAGGGAACAACAACCUCCCCAAACAUCACUCCAUUGAUCUAGACAGGAUGUCAGACUGGAGAAGAAGAAUCAGAAUGAGAAUCUGCCACACCGACCAAACCCUUCUAUCAGGAAUUAGCACGUAGAGUAAUGCAUGCUGUUAUCAAACAGGAUUUCACAGUGUGAACUCCUAUUCAACAUGUUUGUUACACCUUGCUGUGGGAUGUCUGUUGGCAAAGUGUAUAUGUCAUUCUGUAUAAAAACUUGAAGCUGUAAUUAUUAUGUAAUGACUGAUUCCCCCCGUCAUGACUGCAAGGGUCAAAUGUCUAAGGAAUGGCUUCCUGUGCUUUCUCUCAAUCUGUCUUGUUAAAUACAGAUCACCCUGUGUGCAUCAUAAAUGGCAGGUGCACUACAUAGGGAAUAGGGUGCCAUGUUGUGCACUACAUAGGGAAUAGUGUUCCAUUUGGGAUGCUACCUCUAUCUGCAUAAACUGUACAUAUUAUAUAUGACCUUGGGAACACAGCACUGACCAUAACCUGAAAACAACCUAUUUUCACCAUGACAUGUUCCCCGGCCGUCAUUGCCUUUUGUAUGAUUACAGAUCACUUGCUAGUGUGCUUUCAUUAGGGGUUUUGCAUGAAGUUGCACUGUCCUGAGUCUGACUGGGUGUACUGUAGGUUGGUAGGUACCAUGUUAUCCCAGCUCUUUGUGGGUUUAUCAGUGCUUCUCAACCUGCGGUCCCCAGGCCAGCACUGGUCCUUGGGGUGUUGCUGAUUGGUCCCUCAGAUAGUGAGUGGACACUGAUUUAGUCAGUUCUCAAGUGUUAGAUUAAAACUAAGUGAUCUUCAAAGGAGGAAGGACUAUAGCUGGUCCUUGCCGGUCCCUGGUACACAAAAGGUUGAGAAACACUUGGUUACGAUGACUGCUGGGAUUUGUAGUCAUGUAUCUUGUCAUGCCUCAGAAUUCACAUUGAUUAUAUCCCAAAUGGCACCCUAUUCCCUAUAUGGUGCACUACUUUUGACCAGUGCCCAUAGGGCUCCGGUGAAAAGUAGUGCACAAUAUAAGGAAUAGGGUGCCAUUUAUGGGACGUAACCAUUGAGUCGCAUAAUGCUGCUACUAUGUGCUCACUCUGCCGCGAGACACCCUUUUGCAAAAAUAUGAGGGUUGUUUGGUCGUAGGGAGGGAGCCUAUGGGGGCUGUUGUUUAUUUUAAUCAGGGAAAUGUCCCGUUGUUAGAAUCGGAUUAAUUCUUCUCAUAGUUAAUAUUUUAUAGAAAAAAAACAAAGUGAGAGAAGCUACUAAAUGUAUUUUAAAGUGCAUUUAAAACUCUACAUGGUGUCUCGUCCCUCAUCCACUAAACUAGUCACUCAGUAGUGACCGUAUUUAUUGACCACAUAAAGCAAAGCGAGGGAGAGGAACUCAGGACAUUAGUUUUAAAUGAAUAUUAUAUUGUGAUCUUUCGUUACAACAUACUCACCUGUACAUAGGUGACGACAGGAGGCCGACACAGAAAAGUUGUGCACAGAUAAGACUAGUUUUGAUGGCUUAAAAGAAACGAGGACUGGAACAUGUUCAUGUGACUUGAUAGAUAGGAGUUUGGGAACUGUAGCGGUAGAUGGAAUGCAGUGGUGACUCUCAAAUGGCACCCUAUUCCCGACAUAGUGCACUACUUUUGACCAGAGCCAUCAGCCCAGUGGGUCAAGAAUAGUGCACUAUAUAGCCAAUGGGGCGCAAUUUGGGUCACAUAUUCAAAAUGUGUGGUUAACUAAUAGUCAGUAGGCUAGGCCCUAAUGGGCUCCAGACCUGCUUGUUUAGGGGUCAGUUGCUGUGUAAUCAUUAAAGAGUCUGGAGGGAGCAGACAGCAACCCUGCGUCUCAAUAAUAUGGCCUUUCUCCUGCAGUUAAAAGCAUUGGAUUGGUCUGAGCAUGUGCUAGACUGCUAUAUUUCUUAAAAUGGACAUAUUAUUGGGACACACAGCAAGAAGGGUUAACCAGAUGGCAGAAAUGACAGAUUAUUGGGAGACAGGGCAAGAGGGAUUGACCAGACAGCUGGAAGGACAGAUCAUUAGGAGACAGGGCAAGAGGGAUUGACCAGACAGCUGGAAGGACAGAUCAUUAGGAGACAAGGCAUGAGAGGUUAACCAGACAGCUGGAAGGACAGAUCAUUAGGAGACAAGGCAAGAGGGGUUAACCAGAGAGCUGGAAGGACAGAUCAUUAGGAGACAGGGCAAGAGGGGUUGACCAGACAGCUGGAAGGACAGAUCAUUAGGAGACAAGGCAAGAGGGGUUAACCAGACAGCUGGAAGGACAGAUCAUUAGGAGACAGGGCAAGAGGGGUUGACCAGACAGCUGGAAGGACAGAUCAUUAGGAGACAGGGCAAGAGGGGUUGACCAGACAGCUGGAAGGACAGAUCAUUAGGAGACAAGGCAAGAGGGGUUAACCAGACAGCUGGAAGGACAGAUCAUUAGGAGACAGGGCAAGAGGGUUAACCAGACAGCUGGAAGGACAGAUCAUUAGGAGACAGGGCAAGAGGGGUUAACCAGACAGCUGGAAGGACAGAUCAUUAGGAGACAAGGCAAGAGGGGUUAACCAGACAGCUGGAAGGACAGAUCAUUAGGAGACAGGGCAAGAGGGGUUAACCAGACAGCUGGAAGGACAGAUCAUUAGGAGACAGGGAAAGAGGGGUUAACCAGACAGCUGGAAGGACAGAUCAUUAGGAGACAAGGCAAGAGGGGUUAACCAGACAGCUGGAAGGACAGAUCAUUAGGAGACAGGGCAAGAGGGGUUAACCAGACAGCUGGAAGGACAGAUCAUUAGGAGACAGGGCAAGAGGGGUUAACCAGACAGCUGGAAGGACAGAUCAUUAGGAGACAAGGCAUGAGAGGUUAACCAGACAGCUGGAAGGACAGAUCAUUAGGAGACAAGGCAAGAGGGGUUAACCAGAGAGCUGGAAGGACAGAUCAUUAGGAGACAGGGCAAGAGGGGUUGACCAGACAGCUGGAAGGACAGAUCAUUAGGAGACAAGGCAAGAGGGGUUAACCAGACAGCUGGAAGGACAGAUCAUUAGGAGACAGGGCAAGAGGGGUUGACCAGACAGCUGGAAGGACAGAUCAUUAGGAGACAGGGCAAGAGGGGUUGACCAGACAGCUGGAAGGACAGAUCAUUAGGAGACAAGGCAAGAGGGGUUAACCAGACAGCUGGAAGGACAGAUCAUUAGGAGACAGGGCAAGAGGGGUUAACCAGACAGCUGGAAGGACAGAUCAUUAGGAGACAAGGCAAGAGGGGUUAACCAGACAGCUGGAAGGACAGAUCAUUAGGAGACAGGGCAAGAGGGGUUAACCAGACAGCUGGAAGGACAGAUCAUUAGGAGACAGGGAAAGAGGGGUUAACCAGACAGCUGGAAGGACAGAUCAUUAGGAGACAAGGCAAGAGGGGUUAACCAGACAGCUGGAAGGACAGAUCAUUAGGAGACAGGGCAAGAGGGGUUAACCAGACAGCUGGAAGGACAGAUCAUUAGGAGACAGGGCAAGAGGGGUUAACCAGACAGCUGGAAGGACAGAUCAUUAGGAGACAGGGCAAGAGGGGUUAACCAGACAGCUGGAAGGACAGAUCAUUAGGAGACAGGGCAAGAGGGGUUAACCAGACAGCUGGAAGGACAGAUCAUUAGGAGACAGGGCAAGAGGGGUUAACCAGACAGCUGGAAGGACAGAUCAUUAGGAGACAGGGCAAGAGGGGUUAACCAGACAGCUGGAAGGACAGAUCAUUAGGAGACAGGGCAAGAGGGGUUAACCAGACAGCUGGAAGGACAGAUCAUUAGGAGACAGGGCAAGAGGGGUUAACCAGACGGAAAGUCUGGUUUUGGUUUAGAAUAUUGAAUGAUUUAGAGCAGAGAACAGAUGUGGGAUAAGAGCAGGAAACUGAAUCAGGAGGAUAUCAGAUACAAUAAAACACUCUUCUGAUCGACGGACAUUUCUGUUGUUCGGGGUUUGCAUGUAUCUCUGAAAUGAAUAACUAGAUAAUAAAUGUUAGGUUUAGCAAUGUGACACGAUAAAGGGCCAGACGGAGAAGAGUAGGGUUUGGUUCACGUCGUGUUAUUACAUAAUAAUAACAUGUUUACGCUAAAUUGAAACACUGGUUAAGUAAUGAACUGUACUGAAGUUGUACUUGAACAUUUAGCAUUGAGAUAAUGUGUAAAGUACAGUCAGCUAUCCUUUAAAUGAAGUACAAGGCCUUAUCAACCUACUACACUGUGUCCAGGAAUAGAAGAACGAAGAAGUGGAUUCUAACUAUCCAUUGUUCUAAAUGUGAUGUUUUUAUUUGGUUACUUAUUUUACGUGAUCUUAUCAUUCUGGGUGUUAUUUUAGUUUGCAAGCGAAUUAAAUCAUUGAUAAAGUAGAAUAAUAUUGAAGACAUCAAAACUAUGAAAUGAAAAGUGUUAAACAAAUCAGAAUAGAUUUUAAUAUUUGAGAUUCUUCAAAAUAGCCACCCCUUGCCUUGAUGACAGCUUGCACACGCUUGGCAUUCUCUCAACCAGCUUCAUGACGUAGUCACCUGGAAUGCAUUUCAAUUAACAGGUGUGCCUUGUUAAAAGAUCAUUUGUGGAAUUUCUUUCCUUAAUGCAUUUGAACCAAUCAGUUGUGUUGUGACAAGGUAGGGGUGGUAUACAGAAGAUAACCCUAUUUGGUAAAAGACCAAGUCCAUAUUAUGGCAAAAACAGCUUAAAUAAGCAAAGAGAAAUGACAGUUCAUCGUUACUUUAAGACAUGAAUGUCAGUCAAUGUGAAACAUUUCAAGAAAUGUGAAAGUUUCUUCAAGUGCAGUCGCAAAAACCAUCAAGCACUAUGAUGAAACUGGCUCUCAGGUGAACCGCCACAGGAAAGACCCAGAGUUACCGCUGUUGCAGAGAAUAAGUCCGUUAAAGUUAACUGCACUUCAGAUUGCAGCCAAAAUAAAUGUUUCAAAGAGUUCAAGCAAUAGACACAUCUCAACAUCAACUGUUCAGAGGGGACUGUGAAUCAGGCCUUCAUGUUCAAAUUGCUGCAACAAAGAAACCACUACUAAAGGACAGCAAUAAUAAGAAGAGACUUGCUUGGGUCAAGAAACAUGAGCAAUGGACAUUAGACUGGUGGAAAUCUGUCCUCUGGUCUGGUAAGUCCGAAUUUGAGAUUUUUGGUUCCAACCUCCGUGGCUUUGUGAGACGCAGAGUAGGUGAACAGAUGAUCUCCGCAUGCGUGGUUCCCACCAUGAAGUAUGGAGGAGGUGUGGGGGUGCUUUGCUGGUGACACUGUCAGUGAUUUAUUUAUAAUUCAAGGCACACUUUAACCAGCAUAGCUACCACAGCAUUCUUCAGCGAUACACCAUCCCAUCUGGUUUGCGCUUAGUGGGAAUAUAAUUUAUUUUUCAACAGGACAAUGACCCAGCACACCUCCAGGCUGUGUAAGGGCUAUUCGACCAAGAAGGAGAGUGAUGGUGCUGCAUCAGAUGACGUAGCAUCCACAAACACCUGUGUGUGCACAGCUGUCAUCAAGGCAAAGGGUGGCUACUUUGAAGAAUCUCAAAUAUAUUUUCAUUUAACACUUUUUUGGUUACUACAUGAUUCUAUAUGUGUUAUUUUAUAGAUUUGAUGACUUCACUAUUAUCCUACAAUGUAGAAAAUAAUAAAAAUGAAGAAAAACCCUUGAAUGAGUAGGUGUGUCCAAGCCUUUGACUGGUACUGUAUAUUCAAGAUCUAAGGAAAGUGCUGAGAUAAAACCUUCUGAAAAGCCAGUUAUUGUUUUCCCUCUUCACUCCGCUCACAGAUAGGAAUAUUAUGAUUUGACUUUGUGCCUACUGCCUAGAUGUUCUGUAUAAAGUGCUGAAUAAAGUCAAAACCCAUUCAUGCAGAUAUAAGAACAUCAAUCAGCCUUUUAAGUAGGAGUUUUAGUCUCAGUCAGUUACCUUGUGGAAAAAUAGGAUUUAUUUAUUGUUGUUCAGGAGGAAAAGUAGAGUAUUUUUGUUCAGCCUUUACAUUUGUGCCAAAAAUGCAGACUUUGUGUGUCAUUAUACAGAUAUAACUACAUUCCAUAUGUUGUUGUUGUUGAUGUCCAUAUUUUGCAUGAUAAAAUCCCGGCCAUACAUUUACUUGGUCUUCCUUAAAAUGUAGAACCCCCAACCGUUCUAGAACCAGUAACAGUUCUUGAGCUACAAACUGUUCUAGAGCUACCAACAGUUCUAGAGCUACAAACUGUUCUAGAGCUACCAACAGUUCUAGAACUACAAAUUGUUAUUGAGCUACCAACAGUUCUAGACCUACAAAUUAUUCUAGAGCUACAAACUGUUCUAGAGCUACCAACUGUUCUAGAGCUACCAACAGUUCUAGAACUACAAACUGUUCUUGAGCUACCAACAGUUCUAGAGCUACAAAUAGUUCUAGAGCUAUCAAAAGUUCUACAGCUACAAACUGUUCUAGAGCUACCAACAGUUAUAGUUACAAACUGUUCUAGAGCUACAGUACCACUCGUUCAAGAACUCCCAACCAUUCUAGAAUGAUUUCCUUCUAGCCAACAGAGUCAAAAGAAAGGUACAUACUGCACAUUAUGAUUGUUUUAUUGUUUGCAGAGAGAAAAUGACCAAAAAUGGCAAAAUGACAAACCAUAAGCUUCCCGAAAUGUUAUUUAUCUUUCUAUGUGUUAUAUACUGAUAUGCUUCUGGUAUUCAUUUGUUUCUCAUGUUCAUUUUAAAAACAUGGUUUUAUGUCACAUGACCACUGUCUUUUGUAAAUACAAUGAAUCAAUUGUGAAAUGUAUUAAAAUAUUUAAAAACUUGA